AUCUCAUCCGCAAUUGCGUUUCUCGCCAACUGUUGAACCAUUUUCGAGGAGUGAGAGAGAGCGGGCAGAGAGAGAGUCGUUCUCUCUCACACAGAGACAGACAGGCAGACAAAAGGUAGAAAUCGGUAGGGAAUCGGGAAAGAAACCCCAGUGUGUGCUUCUGUUUUGGUCCCUUUUUUGUGUGAAAGAGGAGCAAAAUCACCCCUCGUUUCUUCAAUUUCACGUUCUUCGUAUAGUCGAGAAUCACAGUUUCAAUUUCUGCCCAAGAAUAAUUCGACUAGGGUUUUGAAAAUUGGGGAUUUUGCAUUUUUUCUUUCGUCAGCCAUUAUUGUUUCGAUUUUUGGUUUCGCAACUUCUCUUUUGGAUUUCGCAUCGAAUUGGAGCUAGACUUCGAUCUUCUUUUGUUAUUCGAUUGUUAGAAGACGAUACUAAGUGUAGGUCGACACGGUAUCAUAUCGUAUCUGCUAUCGUGUAUGGGUGGUUUUGACGAACAUGGUGCCAUUGUGGGAGAUUGGAUGCUGCCGAGCCCGAGCCCGCGAAGUUUCUUCUCUUCAAUGAUGAGCGUCGCUGACGAUGUUGCCCCGCAGCAGGUUGGUUCCGACGCUGGUCUAAAUGAUGGCUCCGGUUUCCCGGAUACCAAAGGAAAGGGUAUUUCCGGGAAUGCCGAUCAAGAAGGUCCAAUUCAUGGUAUCGUCAUGAGCGAAUCGGAGCCGAAAAUGGGAUCCUCUGGGGGUCUUAUGGACAGGAUCGCUGCGCGGGCCGGAUUCAAUGCCCCUAGAUUGAAUACGGACAGCUUUAGGCUUGCCGACCUUUCCAAGAAUCCGGAUGUUCGGUCUCCGUACUUGACGAUUCCUCCUGGCCUCAGCCCGACAAAUCUGCUCGAAUCCCCGGUUUUCGUCAAUAAUUCAUUGGUUCAGCCGUCGCCGACGACGGGGAAGUUUUCGUUUGCGUUUAGCGGAAUGAACCAUAGCGCUGCAUUGGUGGCAGGUGAUAGUAGUAAGGGUAAGGAGAACGCUUUUGACGACGGCACGACGUCAUUCGCAUUUAAGCCGAAUCUGGAAUCUGAAUCGAUUGCACAAUUUAAUGCAGCUAACAAAGCAGUUAAUGCUCCCGGUUUCGGGCUGCAGUCAUUUCCCGGUGCGAAGCUUCCUGUUCCCGCAGUCGAGCAUCUGAAUUUUCAAACUUUCCCGAAAUCGCAAGGCGAGAACCGGGGCAGCGAUCUGCCAUUGGAAGUGAGUGAUUCUCCACCGUUGGAUGAGCCACAGGAGGAUGACGGCGAUCGAAGGAGCGGUGGAGAUCUGAAUGCCGGCGACGACGGAUAUAACUGGAGAAAAUACGGGCAGAAGCAAGUGAAAGGGAGUGAGUUUCCUCGGAGUUAUUACAAGUGCACGCAUCCGAAUUGUCCGACAAAGAAGAAAGUCGAACGGUCUCUAGAAGGUCACAUCACUGAGAUCAUCUACAAGGGUACCCACAACCACCCUAAACCUCAGCCAAAUCGGAGAUCUUCGCUCGGAUCGUCGAUCACGUCAGCCGAUACGCAUCUGGACUCAGAGACGAACGGUGAUCCGGCUUGGUCUGCCAUGCAAAAGGGGAACUUUCCGGGGGCUGUGAAUUGGGGACAAAUGAAUGUCGAGGCGACGGCAUCUUCUGUGCCGCCGCCGGGAUUGGUUCAAAGUGGGGGCCACUACGAGCCGGGCAAUGGUGGCGUCGAUCGAUCUUGCACUUUUUCGAAUGAUGAUGACGAGGAUGACCGUGCGACACACGGGAGUGUAUCGCUGGGUUACGAUGGAGGUGAAGGAGAUGAAUCGGAAUCUAAGAGAAGGAGAAUCGAAACUUACACUGCGGAAAUGAGCGGGACUGCUGCCAGGGCAAUAAGAGAACCGAGAGUCGUGGUUCAGACAACUAGUGAGGUAGACAUCCUCGACGAUGGGUACCGUUGGCGCAAGUACGGACAAAAAGUGGUUAAAGGGAAUCCUAAUCCAAGGAGUUAUUACAAGUGCACGAGCCCUGGCUGCAAUGUCCGGAAGCACGUCGAGAGGGCUUCGCACGACCUCAAGUCGGUGAUCACCACCUACGAGGGCAAGCACAACCACGACGUCCCCGCCGCGCGCAACAACAGCCACAUGUCCGGCGGCGCUGCACCCCCCUCAGCCAUGCCGCACCGCCCCGAGCCCUCGCAACUUCACCGGAGCGGCGGCAGCAGUGGUGGCAGUAUCAUCCAACGACCUGCAUUUGGACUUCCCGGCGGCAUGCCGCCGAUGGCAGCGGGUCCUGGCCAAACCUUUGGGUUCGGAAUCAGUCAGACCAUGGGAAUGGCGGCGGCCAUGGGGCAUAAUUCCGGUAGGUUUUCAGGUGUGCCGGGGCAUUCGUAUUUCGGACAGCAGUCUCGACCGGUGAUGAACGAUGCGGCGAUGGGAUUUAUGCUUCCGAAGGCUGAGCCGAAGAUGGAGCCGGUGGUGGAUUCCAGUUUGGGCACUUCGACCGGCGGCGGGUCAGGUGGCAGUUCGGGUUAUCAGCAGUUUUCGAACCGGAUGCCGCUUGGACCGCAGAUGUAGACUUUUGGGGUGGCUUUGGUUAGGACAUUGGUAAGAAAAUGGAUAUAAAAUACAUAAAAACCACAUAUUUUAUAUUAUAUAUAUAUAUCUAUAUAUUUGUUACAUAUAGUACAUUUGAAUGUUAUUUUAUUUUGUUUAUGUUGUUAUGUAAGGAUUUGUUGUUGUGACUGCAUAUGUUGUUUGAUUCUUUUGGGGAAAUUGAAAAUUUGGUGUAUUAA